AUGGCUUCUCUGGAGCGCGUGUGGCGCGUGGCUGAGCGUGGGACUCACGCGCUAGGUGCUCUCCUUGGCGCGUGUGACGCGUGUCGAGAGUGGGUCUCACUCUCCGAUCUUCAGACGGCGCGUGGAGGAGCGUGCGGCCUCCGUUUGGCCUCUGGUUUCCACCGCUUUUCUUGUCUGGAUGAGACGAACACAGUGGGCAUGGACUUCAACAGUAGUGUCCGCAGCAGAAAGGUUGACAAAGGCAAAGAAGUUGCAAAGCCUCUAGAAUUUCUUCUAAGAAGAUUAGUAAGAGGAGAAGAUCGAACUCAGCUUCAAACCACUGGAUUUUCUUGCCACUCUGACCUCCAUUCUGAAGUUUGUAUCACAAACAAACCAGCUAUAGUUGACAAUAGUGCAUUAACUACUUACCUCCAAUUCUCCGGCGUUCAAGUUAAACACAUGGUUCGGCCGUAUGCAAGGAAAGAGGAUGAGACGGCCAUGAAACAAGUGACGCCCGUGCUAAUACUUGCUGGAAAUGUAAGCUCACCUGCUUGUCAUUUCAACCAUGAUGUCCCGGCUGUGGUCUUCUCCUCUGGUGGCUUUACGGGGAACCUAUUUCAUGAGUUUAACGAGGUCAUCAUCCCCUUAUUCAUCACAUGCCGCCAGUUUCAAUCCCACCUGCAAUUUGUUAUCUCCGAUUUCAAGCCUUUGUGGGUCAGAAAAUACAAUCGGAUUCUAACCCACCUGUCUCGUUUCGAGGUCAUAAACCCAGCAACAGAUGGAAGUGUUCGCUGCUUUCCUGCAGCAGUUAUAGGGCUCAAGUACCACGAGAACCUAGCCGUAAAUUCUACAGAAAUUCCUGGAGGGUACUCCAUGUUUGACUUCAAGAAUUUCCUCAGAGAAUCAUAUAACCUGAAGGCAAAGACUGUUUCUGAUAUAGAAAAGCCAGUGCUAGUUCUCAUAUCUCGUCGUAAAACAAGAAUGUUUCUGAAUGAAGGUGAAAUGUUGGGCAUUAUAGAGGAACUGGGUUUUCAAGCAAUUGUGGCGAAGCCUAACAGGAUGUCAAACUUGGACAAGUUUGCCAGGGUCAUAAACUCGUGCAGUGUCAUGGUCGGAGCCCAUGGUGCUGGCCUUGCAAAUGCAGUGUUCUUACCUGCUGGGGCAGUGAUGGUGCAAGUGGUACCACUGGGGCUGGACUGGGCUUCAAAAGCCUACUAUGGAGACCCGGCAGGGGAGAUGGGUGUGCAUUAUAUGGAAUACAAGAUAGAGCCAGAGGAGAGUUCGCUUUUCAAAGAAUAUGGACCGCACCACCCAGUCAUAGCUGAUCCCAUGUCUAUAUUCUUGCAGGGCUACAAUGCUGCAAGAGCUGUGUAUGUUGACGGCCAGAAUCUGACGAUAAAUUUGGUCAGGUUUAGGGAGACACUCAACAAGGCAAUGGAAUUUCUUGUACACUAA